AUGGUGGACAGGAGAGGACGGGAACAGAUAGAUGAUCAGAAUCGAAAUAAAGAGAUUGUAACUGUUGUCUCCCCUAACCAACCUAAAGACAAUUUAGGGACGAUCUACAAUGGACAGGACAAGACAGGAAAAAAGUGUCACUUUAAAUGUGGAAUGUGUGGCGUGGAUUUCAGUAAGAAUAAAUACCUACAUCAACACGUGGGGAUACAUACUGUUGAUAAACCUUAUAAAUGUGACGUUUGUGGCUCAGUAUUUCGCAUGUUAAAUCACACAAGAACACAUACUGGUGAUAAACCAUACAAAUGUGAUAUAUGUGAUAAGGCAUUUAGACAGAGUUCUCACAUGCGGACCCACAUGAGAACACAUACAGGUGAUAAACCGUGUAAAAUGUGUAAAUGUGAUGUAUGUGAAAAGGAAUUUAGUCAGCGUCCUGACUUAACGAGACAUAUGAGAACACAUACUGGUGAUAGACCUCAUCAAUGUGAUGUAUGUGAUAAAACGUUCACUAGGAAGGAACACUUACGACUACACAUGAGAAUACAUACUGGCGAUCUACCAUUUGCGUGUAAUGUAUGUGGUAGAGGUUUUAAUUAUAAAAUCGACGUUGAACGACACGCAAGCAGGCAUUCUAAAUGUGUUGAAAGACCUUAUAAAUGUGAUAUUUGUGAAAAAGAUUUUAUUCGGAAACAUAACUUACAGAAUCACAUGAGAAUACAUACAGGCGAAAACCCAUAUGAAUGUGAAACAUGUGGUCAAACAUUUAGCCUUUCAAUUUUCUAUGCCAGACAUAUGACAAAGCAUAAUACUGAGAAGGACAAAUUAGUUUAUAAAGAGAUGUUAACAGUUAUCUCCCCUGACCAACGUUCAGACAAUUUAGAGACAUUCAUCGACGAACAGGACAAGACAGAAACAAAUAUGGUUUCUGAUACUGAAAUAUCUUAUGAACAACAUUCAGACAUUUUAAAGACGUUCCAAGGUGGACAGGACAAGACAGAACCAAAUAUAGUUUCUGAUACUGAAAUAUCUCAUGAACAACCGUCUGACAUUUUAAAGACGUUCCACGGCGGACAGGACAAGACGGAACCAAGUAUAGUUUCUGAUACUGAAAUAUCUUAUAAACAACCUUCAGACAUUUUAAAGACGUUCCACGGCGGACAGGACAAGACAGAACCAAAUAUGGUGUCUGAAUCUGAAAUAUCCUAUGAACAACCUUCAGACAUUUUAAAGACGUUCCAAGUCGGACAGGACAAGAAAGAAACAAAUAUGGUUUCUGAUACUGAAAAGAAAAAUAUACUAACAAUCAUCCCUCUUGAUCAGACUAGUACGGACCAACUGAUGAACGAUGCAUAUAAGACCAGGGAAAUGAUUGGUGUUGUUAAUACAAGUGGUAAAGAAUGUCUUGGUAAUGUUUGUGGUAAACUGUGCCAGGGAAAUUCGUGUAAAUUAUGUAAUAAAGGAUUUCGUAAACCUCGGGUCUUAAAGAGUCGCACUAUAAAACCUAAAGGCUAUAAACCUUACAAAUGUGGAGUCUGUGAAGUAGAUUUCACUAGGAAAGAGCACCUAGAAAUGCACAUGAGAACACAUACUGGAGAUAAACCAUACACAUGUUAUUUAUGUGGCAAUACUUAUAGUCGGGGUCAUCACUUACGGCGUCAUAUGAGAUCUCAUACAGGUGAUAAACCAUACAAAUGUGAUACAUGUGAUAAGGCGUUUAGUCAGUCUCACCACAUGCGAAGACACAUGCAGACACAUACAGAUGAAAAACCGUGUAAAAUAUGUAAAUGUGAUUUAUGUGAAAAGGAAUUUAGUCAGCAGUCUCACCUAAGUAGACACAUGAGAACACAUACUGGUGAUAAACCUUAUCAAUGUGAUGUGUGUGAUAAAGCUUUCUGUAGAAAGGAACACUUACAAUCACACAUGAGAACACAUACUGGUGAUAAACCGUUUGCAUGUGAUAUCUGUGGUAGAAGUUUUACUAGUGAAAAGGACAGACGAAGGCAUUUUAAACUUAAUGCGCAUGACGGACCUUAUAAAUGUGAUAUUUGUGAUAAAGAUUUUAUUCGGAAACGAAACUUAAAAGAACACAUGAGAACACAUACGGGAGAAAAAGCAUAUAUGUGUGAGAUAUGUGGUCAAACAUUUAGCAUGUCAAUUUUGUAUGCUACACACGUGACUAAACAUAAUGCUGGUCAAACUUUUUUGUAGUUGAAAAUAGAUGAGAAAUUCAUAUAGCCGUGAUAGGUGAUACUCCAUCCUACAUGAAUAUAUAUUUUUAAAGGAGGAAACUCUACAAAAGUUACAUUUUUGUAUGGACUUACCUUAAUAAACGUUUGAAAAAUAA